AUGCGGGUGACACCGUGCCAGGCCACCUUGGUGGGGGCCAUCGGCCUCAACCUCCUCGUCCUCUACUGCGCCUGGAGGGGACCAGGGGGGUCUCCCCCCUCCUGCCGUCCCCCCCGCGGUGUCCCUGGCAUCACUGUCCUUCUCCGGGACUUCGAGGACUUUGAGAACGACCUGGCAGGGACGGCCCGAUCCUUCGCCUCUUUACCUGUCCCGGUGCUGGUGGCUGCUGAAACGGCACCGUAUCCACCAGUACCGUUACCGGCAGAGGUUGGCCUGUUACCGCUGCGUCCUGUGGCUGACCGACCCCCGCCGUUGGCGCAUCCUGAGCUCCACAUCCGCACCCGCCAUGUGGCUUUGGUCCCGGAUGGCACCCGCGCUGUCCCCGGAUUGCUGGAACGUAUGCGGGAUGCACUGGAAGAAGGUGCCGGUGACACUCGGUUGGUGGCGGCACCGGUGGGAUCAGUGCCGUUGCGGUGCCUGGAGCUGAGGUUGGAACCGCAGGCGUGGACGGCGCGGUAUGGCCCCAGUGCACCGGGGGUUUGCCAGGCGGUAGAGGGAACAGCGGUGCUGCUACUUCGCACCCGCGACCUCUUCGCUCUCCCCUUCCCCUUGGCGCGACCAGUGCCCACUGCGCUCUUCAUCCAGGCAGCGUUCCGGGGCUGGGGGCUGCGGUUGAUGCCGGCAGCAUUCCCGGCUGCUCGCCGACCUCCCAUCUCCCCCCAUGGCCGCUGGAAAGCCGAAAACCUGGCGGAAACCCGACAACGCCGGUUGAUGCACGACCUUGGCAUCAAACGGGAGGUGCUGGCGGACGGGCGGGAGCGCUGGUACGGCUGCGGCAAGGAGACGGCGCGAUGCUUUGGCACGGUGCACGCCCGUACCCCCCAGUACCUCCUUGCUGGGCGGUGGACCCCCCCAUGCUGCCUAAGGGCACUGCGGGAAACCGCCCGGCACGUAGCCAGGAUCCUGGAGGCCACUGGCGUACGGUACUGGUUAGAGGGGGGGUCGUUACUGGGGGCUGCCCGCCUCGGGGACAUCAUCCCUUGGGAUUAUGAUGUGGAUUUGGGAAUUUACCGGGAAGAUGUGGGUAAAUGCCGGUGGCUGGCGGCGGCAGCAGCAGGGGAGCCGGUGGAAGACACUGAGGGUUUCCUUUGGGAGAAGGCAGCAGAGGGAGACUUUUACCGUGUCCACUACAGUCGGAGCAACCGGUUACACGUGGACCUGUGGCCCUUUUACCCCCGCGGGGGGGUGAUGACCAAGGACACCUGGUUGGGGCACCCCCAGGACAUGGAGUUCCCUGAAAGUUUCCUCCGUCCCCGGGUGCCGAUGGCUUUUGCUGGUUUCACUGCCAUGGCACCCAACAAUGCCCGUGCCUUCCUCGAGCUGAAGUUUGGGCCGGGAGCCAUCGAAAACCCUGAGUACCCCAACCCUGCCAUCAAGCGCCUGGGGCAGGACUGA